AUGACCGUCAUUCUAGGUUCCGAUGGCAAACCUACAACACCUUCCACCGGAGAUCACCACAUCACAGGCACUCUACCCUUCAUGGCUGGUGAUCUUCUUAAGACACCGGAAGAUAGAGCGACAUUCCAAUUGACAUACCCUACAAUUCCGACGUACCAUUUGUACCGCCACGACCUCGAGUCGUUUUUCUACAUCCUCGUUUGGGCAGCCACAUGUUAUGAUUUAAAAACCGGCCGCAGGUUGUCCCUUCCCCCGAACUCGCCGCUGAUAGACUGGUCGGAUACCGCAAAACUGACGAGAGCUAUGCUAAUGAAGGCAUUAACAAUCAGGCUCAUGGACCAAUUGGAAAACGAUAUCCGCGCAGAGUGGAAAGGCCUUUGGGCGGACUGGAUUGAGCCACUCUUUCUUUUAUUUGAGGAAGGGCUGCGAUGCAGCGCAGCUGCUCGGAGACGCGGCAAUAUAGAUGAUUUCACGACCGGCGGGGGACUUUUGACUUUUGAAAAAUUCAUGGCGACUAUUAAAGUCACACCCCGAAACUUCGAUACCAAGAAGUGA